CGUCGUCGUUUAAGACUUCACUUUUGGAUAUUGACCCACCUGUUCAUUCUUAGUCACUCGCUGUUUGAAUACUACUGCCAAGACAUCACAAGCGCCACUUUGGCCUCGAAAUUUCCACCCACUUACACACCAACUUCACCAUCUUCAAAUCCGUCGUCACCAUGAGCCAACAAACGACACCAAACGCCCCCGGAUGGACACCCGACUCGUGGAGAUCCAAGCCCAUCAAGCAAUGCCCCGAGUACCCCGACAAGGCCGCCCUUGAAAAGGCCACUAACGAGCUCAAGACCCUCCCGCCCAUCGUCCUCCCCAACGAGAUCAUCCGCCUCCGGGAACACCUUCGCGAUGUCGCCCAAGGCAAGGCCUUCCUCCUUCAGGGCGGCGACUGCGCCGAACUCUUUAGCUACUGCCAGCAAGACGUGAUCGAGUCCAAGAUCAAGCUUCUUUUACAGAUGUCGCUUGUCCUCCUCUGGGGCGCCGACAAGCCCGUUGUGCGCAUCGGUCGCAUGGCCGGCCAGUACGCGAAGCCUCGCUCAUCGCCCGUCGAGACCAUCAACGGCAAGGAAGUGCCCUCCUUCCGUGGCGACAUCCUCAACGGCUUCCACCCCGACGAGCGUGAGCUGGAUCCCAACCGUCUCGUGCGCGCCUACCAGUACUCGUCAGCCACACUCAACUACAUCCGCGGCGCCAUCGGUUCCGGCAUCGCCGACCUUCACGGUCCCCUCGACUGGGGCCUCGGCCACGUGCGCGACCCGGCUCUUAAAUCCAAGUACCAGGAAACCGUCGACCGUAUUCAGGAAAUGUUGCGCUUCAUGCACACCAUCGGCGCCGACCAAAACGAGAAGCUGUCGACCGUCGAGCUCUUCACCUCGCACGAGGGUCUCCUUCUCGAGUACGAGGAACCGCUCACCCGCUUGCUCAACCACCCUUCGGUCCGCUCCUACCCUCCCGACUCUACCACUCCCCCCAAGAAAGAAUACUACAACACGUCGGCUCACUUCUUGUGGAUCGGCGACCGCACGCGCCAAAUCGACCACGCGCACGUCGAAUAUUUCCGUGGCAUCGCCAACCCCAUUGGCGUCAAGAUUGGUCCCUCGACACCUACUUCGGACUUGCUUCCCAUGCUGCGCACACUGAACCCCAACCGCGAACCCGGCAAGGUUACGCUCAUCACGCGCUACGGCGCCGACAAGGUGGCCUCUCUCCUGCCUGCGCACAUCCGCACAGUCGAAAGCUCAGAGUACGCCCGCACCGUGGUCUGGCAGUGCGAUCCCAUGCACGGCAACACACAAUCGGUUAGCGGCGGCAUCAAGACGCGCAAGUUCAGCGACAUCUUCUCGGAACUUCAGCAGACACUACGUAUCCACAAGGAACAGAAGUCGUACCUGGGCGGCAUGCAUCUGGAAUUGACGGGUGACGCGGUGACGGAGUGCUUGGGAGGUGGUGCAGGACUGGAUGAGGAUGACUUGAGUACUAACUAUACGAGCUUCUGCGAUCCGCGGUUGAACGAGAAGCAGGCGCUGGAGCUGGCGUUCUUGGUGGCGGAUCAUUAUAGGCAGGAGAGGAAGGAGAAGGAGGCUGAAAGGAGAAAGGCCUCGGUGGUCUAGAGGGCUGCUUGCUUGAGGAUGUGGAGGAGCUGGCAGGUGAAAAGGCUACUGAGGCUACUGGUGCGAACGGGAGUGCUCCUACUAGUGGAGGAACUGCUACAACUAUUGGGGCUGCUACAACGAAUGGGGCAGCAAAUACAAAAUAGGAUGCGACUACCAAUGAGGCUGCUAUUACAUCUAGGGCAGGUAGUGGUUUUGGAUGUGGCGGGACUGCUGCUUCGGAAACUCUUUCAUGACAGGUCAAAGCUGGGAACGGCUGAUGAGCCACGACGGGAGAUGGCCCAUGGUCGCGAUGUAGCUAUUGUAUGAUAAAAGGACGGAUAGUUUUUGUGAUGAAAAGCGAAUCGGCCAUAGGCGGUGAAUUUUACGGGUCAUGGAAAAAGAGGGAGGAAAAAGUCCCAAAAGGGAUGAUAAAACGGUCUAUGAGGAGGCAAGCGGUCGUUGUGAUAUGAACAAGGUUUCUCAAAAUUCAAAAGUGUAAUAGCG